AUGGGCUCCCUCGAACAGCCAAAGCGCAACUUUGCUUACAGCAUCUACGUCUAUAAGAAAGCAGACCAGGAUGAGCAGAGCCACCACAACCACAUUGAAAGCACCCACAACGAUGCCUCCGCCAAAGCAGACUUCAAGAAGCUGUUCCCUGACGCACCUAUUGCUAUGCUGCUGGAUUACGAUUCGGUCAUUUCAAUAAUCGUACCCAAUAUCGGGUGCAUAGAGAAGAUGCGUGAUGACCCUGACUUCUUGGGCAAAUUCAUUCCCGACCAUUUUAACUUCGCUGAUAUGAGCCGGAGUCGGUAA